GUGUGUGUAUGGAUGGUUCAGCAGUUGAGUCUCCAGCUGCUGAGCGGAGUGGAGCGCGCAGCGCAGCGGACGCGUCAAACUCAACCCUCCGCUGGACUCACGUGUACUUCCAACUCCCAUGUGAAUGACAACCUUUUUUGACCGGAGACAUGGAGGGCCCGCGCCGCACCGUAUCUUUACGGGGACUUGUAUCUAUCCUUUGCCUCACUGCGCUGCUGGAGCCCGGGGUUGCCGGUAUGCCCUCUUUCUUCCCGAUGAGUCAGCUUUGUAAGUUCUGUGAUGUGGAGCCUUCCUCCUGCAGCGGUACAGGCACCUGCAUGUCCAACUGCUCCAUCACAUCCAUCUGCAUAGACAGCAACGAGGUCUGUGUCUCCAUCUGGAGGAAGAACGGGACCGACUUUUCCGUCGAAACCCUGUGCCACGACCCGUCCCAGCCGCUCUACGGUGUAAUGCUGGACGACUACAACAGCUCCGUCUGCGUGAUGAAGGAGAAGAACAUGACGAACGGGAUGGCACACAUCUGCUCCUGUACGGACGAGGACGAGUGUAACAGCCAACUCUUAUUCACCCCCGUCGUGGAUCCAACCUCGGACGAUCCGUUGGUGUCGGUGAUCCUGGUGAGCCUGCUACCCCUGCUGAUGAUGGGGGUGGUGGUUGCCGGAAUGUUCUACUGGUACCGAGCCUACCGGCGACGCAUUAGCCAAGAGUGGGAGAGCAGCAUGAAGAAGCGCAAGCCAAAAGCCGGCGGGCUGGACUGCAGCGACGCCUGCGCCAUCAUGAUGGACGACGACAGGUCGGACAGCAGCUCGACGCACGCCAACCACCUGAACCACAACACCGAUCCACUGCCCAUAGAGCUGGAUAUGCUGGUGGGAAAGGGUCGCUUCGCCCAGGUGUACAAGGCCAAGCUGAAGCAGACCACCUCAGAUCAGUUUGAGACGGUGGCUGUGAAGAUCUUCCCCUACGAGGAGUACGCCUCCUGGAAGAACGAGAAGGACAUCUUCUCCAAUACGGACCUCCGGCACGAGAACAUCCUCCACUUCCUGACGGCUGAGGACAGGAGGGUGGAGAAACAGUACUGGCUCAUCACCGCCUUCCACCACAGAGGAAACCUACAGGAGCACCUGACGCGUCACGUGAUCAGCUGGGAGGAGCUGCAGGUGCUGGGCAUGUGUCUGGCCCAGGGCGUCGCCCACCUGCACAGUGACCGCCUCCUCUGUGGACGCCCUAAGGUGCCCAUAGUCCAUCGAGACCUGAAGAGCUCCAACAUCCUGGUGAAGAACGACCUGACGUUGUGCCUGUGUGACUUUGGGCUGGGACUCCGCUUGGACAGCACUCUGACUGUGGAUGACCUUGCCAACAGUGGGCAGGUGGGCACGGCGCGUUACAUGGCUCCGGAAGUGCUGGAGGCCCGACUCAACCUGGAGAACAUCGAGUCCUUCAAACAGACCGACAUCUACUCCAUGGCCCUUGUGCUUUGGGAGAUGACGUCCAGGUGUGAAGCCGUCGGAGAGGUGAAGGACUACGAGCCAGCGUACGGCUCCAAGGUGCGAGAGCACCCCUGUGUGGAGAGCAUGAAGGACAGCGUGCUGAGGGACAGAGGACGACCCGAGAUCCCCGACACCUGGAUCAGACAUCAGGGCGUGGCGGUGAUCUGCGCCACCAUCACGGAGUGCUGGGACCACGACCCCGAGGCCCGGCUCACCGCCCACUGCGUCGCCGAGCGCAUCUCAGAGCUGGAGGACGAGAUGGACAAGCUGUCCAGCCGCAGCUCCUCGGCGGAGAAGAUCCCCGCAGAGCUGAAGAUCCCCAUGGAGGUGGGGAUCCCCGGGGAGGAGGUGAAAAUCUCCCAGAUACAGGACGUCUCCGCCGCGGACUGCUCAGUGAGCGACGAGAAGUGAGAAGGGGGGACCGGACCUUUUUUAGUUUUAAUUCCCCAACAAGGGCACUUAUUCUGGAGUCAGGAGUUGAGCUCCUGGACGUCCCGGGACAGCGUCAUAUCUUACUCUACCCCAGGAAAAAAAACAAUCACAAGAGACUGUGGGUGACGCUUUUGGGCUUCACCGCUUUUAAACGCGCAACAACUUGCCUUAAUCAGCUGAAAAGCUAAAGAGCCAAAAAAAAAGAAAGCCAAAGUUAACUGGAAGCUUCCAAAGAUGCACAGAGAAAGAUGUUUUUUGUUUCUUUUUUAUAUUCUCUCUGAGCAGAAAGGUCACUCUCUUAACGAGAGACAAACAUGGCGAUAACUGUUAAACCAAAGACAUUUCAUGUGCACUUUACCGUGAGACACUUCUGUGUCCAAAAGUGUCUUUGACUUUGAGCCAAAGUGUCAGCGGAGAUGUGGCCUUAACACUAAUGAUGCUGUGGACUCCGUCCGCAACCAGCAAGGAAUCCAAAGGAGUGUGUCUGUGUGUGUGUGUGUGUGUGUGUGUGUGUUUUACCCAGCUAUACUUACAACCUUGUUUGCCACAAAAAACAAGCACAAUGUAAAUAGAGACAGUGACUGUACAUAAGAGACAAAUCAAGCCCAAACAAAAGGGAAACGUGAUCCUACGACUUCUAUUUGAUCGCGGAGAUUAACAGACUUCAUAGAGAUGUAUUUUUAAAAAAUAACUUUGUGUUGUUUCUAUAUCAACGGGUGUGCCGAAAUCUGUUGCCUUUCCUCAAUGUGUGUCAUUUGUAAAAUAUUUGUAAAUCUUUUUAUGAAAUUAAAGAUAUUUCUGUAUACUGA